AUGACGGGUCAUAUUACGCCGCGAUCGAUCGCGUCCUCGCUCGCGCGCGGGACGUCUCGCACGACGCGGACGCGGACGCGGACGCCGCGCGCGCGAUGGACGCGACGCGCGCCCAUCGCGCGCGCGGCGGCGAGCGAGCACGUCUAUCGCUACGAGACGAUCGAUCUCGGGACGACGCUGGGUGGAAUUGAUUUUAAAGACCUGAGCGAGCACAUCGAUCGAGCGAUCGAGCGCGCGGGCGUGCGCGAGGGCGCGGUGCACGUGAUCUCUCGACACACGACGACGGCGGUGACGAUCAACGAGAACGAGGAACGGUUGAUCGACGACGCGCGGAUGUACCUGUCGAGAUUGGCGCCGGCGGAUGAUUUUUAUUUACACAACGAUCUCGAUCGACGGCGCGGACCGGCGGAUUGGCCGGGGGGGGACGAGGCGUGGCGGGCGCAGGAACCGAGGAACUGUCAUUCGCAUUUGCUCUCGAUGCUCAUCGGGAACAGCGCGGUGGUACCGGUGAGCGAGGGGAAGACGACGCUCGGGACGUGGCAGAGCGUGAUGUUCGUUGAACUCGACGGCCCGCGCGAGCGAACGGUGGGGAUUCAGGUGGUCGGUAUCAAGUAA